UCUCUCUUCGUCUGUGCGUGGGAAAUGUGGGGCGCAGGCUAUAAUUAUCUGGAAAUUACACCUUGGAAACUGGCCCAGCCAGUUCAGUUGAAAGGUCAUCAACCUGAAACGUCGUUUCAGCUAUAUUUUGCAUUUGUUACCAGUCUGUUAAUGCGGCUUACUAACGCAUGUGUACCAGACUCUAGUAUAUGCCUCUGGGUGAUUUUCAUUCAGCUACUUAUUCUGAAACCUUCAAUGAUCUUUCAGUCAAUUAUUACCUUCGUAACGAAAGCAAUCGGAAACAAGAACAGAAAAUGUAAAGUAAUAAUAUGCACGUCAGGCACGUAGUAAGGGAGAACCAGUUAACAGUUCAGAUCAAUGACUUACUGUCAGAACUAGAAUAAGUUAGAUACGGGUUUUCAGCUAGUUCAGGGAUAGGAAAGUAGGGAAACGCGUGGAACGGAUAAAAGGGAAGGACUGAGGUGGUGGAAGCUAAAUCGCAUUGGAUAUACAUAGGAACAGGAAUAGGCCAUUCAGCCCGUCGAGCCUGUCUUGCCAUUUAACAUGAUCAUGGCUGAUCAAACAUAAAGGAUAAUGGUGUAAAGCAGAAAGGAAGUAAAUGCAGAGAUGAUUAGUCUAAAGGAGGGUUAAAUGACAACAAGCAGCUGACUGAAAAAAGUGAAAGCAGUGGUUAUGCUUUGACUUUGAACUUAUUGAAUUCAAUUUGAGUCUAGAAUGCUGAAAUGUGCUUAAUCAAAAGAUGAGGUGACCUUAUGUAGGAAUAGUAUUCCUGAAAUUCAGUUCACUCAUGAUUGUUGACAUCUUUGGAUUGAAAGACAUACAAAACAUUAAUUGCAUGUUCUAAAACAAACGGAAACUGCUGUAGAACCUCAGGUCUGGCAGGACGUGGAAAAGAACAGUUAACACAUCGAGACCUCUGACCCUUCGGAAGUAAAACACAAGAAAAGCACACUCUGAUGAUGUCAUCACACUUUCGCCCACAGACAUUUUCAGCGCGUGCACGUACCAAACAGAUUUUCUCGUUAGUGACAAUCAGUUACGAAAGGACGUUUCCGGAGCAUGCGCAAAUGUCUCGCAGCUUUGAGCUGAAGUCUAAUAGGCGGGUGCGGUCGUUGGUGUUGUCGACUGAUGGUAUGAGCAUGUACGCAUGCGAAAUACUGUGGCACUCACAUUGGAGGAUUAAAGUUAAUGAUUAAAUGUGAUAAGUCUAUAUCCCGUUUGCUGAUCUGCUGUCAGUAUUGAUUUUGACGUUGUCCGAUGUAAUAAAUCCUGGCCAGAAACAUUCCAAGGGAAGUGUCCAUGCUAUCGAUUGAUUGGACGCCAUGUGGUUGAUUUGUGGAGCGGCGGAUUUUUCAGCAAUUUAAUGUUUAAGAUUAAACAAAAUGAACUUGAAUUUGAAAUGUGGAUGCCUCGUUGACUCUGUUUCUCUCUCUUAAGUGAAAAUAUGUCUAACAAAUCGACGGCCUUAUAUCUGUGAUAGGAUCCACGGUUUUUUAUUUUUAUACCUUAUAUGCGUAACGCUGUUUUCAUUAGGCCCAGUACAGUUGUGGACUCUGGGAUGUUCAUUGUCUUUGCGUCUACCUUAAAGAGUUGGUUUUAGCUGCUUUUCUCCAGUCGAGGUCCAUAUUCUAAGUUUUCAAUUCGACUACUUAACUGAUUAUUAUCAUGGCCAGCGUUCACGAGAGUAUGUUUUUCAAUCCUAUGAUGGCCAACGGUGUGGUUCAUGCAAAUAUUUUUGGCAUCAAAGACUGGGUUACCCCACACAAAAUCUCAAUCCUGGUUUUGUUGCACGAAAUGGCUACUUGUAAAGGGCAAGGGACGCCAGAAAUCGAAACCAGACGUCUUCACAUGAACAAAUUGAAUUUACCAUUGCUUCAGGGUCCAGAUAUGACAUUACAUCAGUUGCUUAAGACUAUUGGAGAAUGCUGCCCUAAACUUGCAAGUGCUGUCAGUACAAGAGUAAAGUUAAUGGCUGAAGGGGAGUUGAAAGAUAUGGAAAAUUUCUUCUAUUCCCUUCAGAAUGUUUUCAGUGGGACAGAACCAGCAGUUCACAAGACUAGUGUCAUAGGUCUGUUCUUGAGGCACAUGAUCUUGGCUUACAACAAACUGUCCUUCAGUCAGGUUUAUAAGCUUUACACAGCUUUACAGCAAUAUUACCAAAGCUAUGAAAAAAUGUCUUCAGGGACUGGAGAAAGAGAAGACACAGAUAUGGAAUUAACCUCUUUAGAUUUAGAAGGAAAAAUGGAAAAAGAGGAACUAGAUAUUCCAAUAAGAGAUGAUGAAGUUAUUGACAGAGGACCUUUAUCCCAGAAACAAGCAGAAUAUUUCCUUGCUCAACAGGCAUCGCUGUUGAAAAACAAUGAAAACAAGGCUCUUUCACCAGCUACUCUACAGAAAGAACUAAAUAAUUUACUCAAAUUUAAUCCUGAUUUUUCAGAAGCUCAUUAUUUGAGCUACCUAAACAGCCUUCGUGUACAAGACUAUUUCAGUGCUAUGCACAGCCUGCUUCACUAUUUCGAUCGGUUGAUUCUUACCGGCAGUGAUAGCAAAAGCAGUGGAGAGGAUGGAUUUGGACGAAGUUUGCGAUAUGCAGCUCUCAAUCUCGCUGCUUUAAACUGUAGAUUUGGCCAUCAGGAGCAGGCCCAGUUUGCUCUACAGGAAGCUAUUCGUAUUGCACAAGAAUCCAGUGAUCAUGUUUGUUUACAGCACUGCCUGAGUUGGCUGUACAUUCUGGAGCAAAUGAAGGGAUCUGAUAAUGCAGUUCUCGUUGAACAUUCUGUGAAAAAGGCUGGACAGCUUGGCUUACCUUAUCUGGCAUCUCUGGGCAUCCAAUCACUCGUACAACAAAGGACCUUUUCUGGAAGGUCAGCUAACAAGUUAAUGGAUGCCAUGAAGGACUCUGACAUGUUACAUUGGAAACAUGGACUUUCAGAGCUUAUUGAUGUAAGCAUAGCUCAGAAAACUGCAAUUUGGAAAAUGUAUGGUCAAAGUACAAUGGCACUACAGCAAACACAACUUCUUCUGUAUAUGCACACUCUGGAGUCAGUAAAUAUGGAUAUCCAUCAAAAUAACACUGAAGCAAUGGCUGUAGUACUUUGUCACCUGGCAGAACUUCAUGCAGAACAGGGUUAUUAUUCAGCUGCUUCUGAAAUCCUAAAGCAUUUGAAAGAACGGUUUCCUCCCCACAGCCAGCAUGCAAAGCUCUGGAUGCUGUUUGAGCAAAAUAUACAGUUUAAUCGAGCAAUGAGUGAUGGGAAGUAUCACAUUGCUGACUCCCUAGUUCCUGGAAUAGCAGCACUUAAUGGGCCAGAAGGACUGUACAAGAAAGCACUUGUGCUGAAAGCUCAGAAUCAAAUCACAGAAUCGUACAGACUUCUACAAAAGUUGUUGGUCCAUUGUCAGAAGAAAAAAUCUACAGAAAUGUUGAUAAAAAUUCUUAUUUUGGAGGCUGAGCUUUUCUGGCGUUCCUCAUGUCAUGCAGUGGCAGUUCCUUUGCUUCUAAAAGCGUUGGCACUGAGCCGUGAAUAUCACUUAGAAUAUCUAACCUCGGAAGCCAUCUUACAUUUGGCGUUUUCACAGCUGCUGCUUGGAAUUCCAGAACAAGCUUUGAAUAUACUGCAUAUGGCUAUUGAACCCAUUCUGGCUAAUGGAAUAGUCUUGAACCGAGGGCUUGCUAUGUUGCUGUUGGCAAAAUGUCAAGUCGCUUCUGCAGCCUCUUCUUCUACUCAGGAAAAAACUGAGGCUUUCGAAUCAGCAAUCGAAAAUCUGAAUGAAGCAAAGAUAUAUUUUGAAAAAGCAGAUUGCAAUGAGCGGAUCCGAGAAGUCCUUUAUUUACAAGCAAGGCUGUUCAACGCUCUUGGCAAGGUGAAAGAAAGAAAUAAAUGUGCUAUGAUGUUUCGCCAGCUACACCAGGAGCUGCCAACCUAUGGUGUACCUCUUCUUUCGUAGCACAUGAUGGAUUUUAAAGCAACAACUUAAUGUGAAGGAACCCUUCACAAAAAACUUCACUAAACUUCAUAAAACAGAAGCUAACAGUUAAAGUAUUCUUGAUUUUGUCUUUAGAACUAGAAAAUAUCAAUUUAAUCUUUUUUAAGGAAAAUAAUGAACAAUGACACCUCUCUUUGCUAAUAAAUGCAUUGUAAGCCAAGCAGUUGGAUACUGAGCAGGGUUGCAUCAUAAAUUUAUUUAGUAAGCAAACACAGAACUUCUGCAAACUACACACAGAGCCAUGAUCAAGAUUACCACAGUCUUUUCAUAAAAGCAAGAUCGUUUCUGCAGCAAAAUGCAGUGAGUGGAGGACAGUUAAUAUAUUACAAAUUUAUUAUUUCUGUAGCAAAAAGAUGCAAUCCAUGUGCAUAAACUGCAUCCCUAAGUCCCUUAAACAGUGUAGCAUUCAGGCAUAAUUAAAGGGGAAUUAUCUAAUCAGCUUUGUGCUGCCUGAGAUUUGUAUUUGACCAUUAAAUAACUGAUCAUUGAAUUUUAA